AUGGCUCCGCGGCUUUCACGAGACUAUAAAGAACCAGUGAUCCACUAUGGACUGAUUGCAUCUGCAAAUCAGGUAGUGAAAGAUGCUAGACGGCGAGACCAGCUAGCUCGAGACCUAGGGGUCCUCUGUGUGGAAAUGGAAGCUGCAGGGCUCAUGAAUGACUUUCCUUGCCUAGUGAUUCGAGGUAUCUGUGACUAUGCUGACUCCCACAAGAACAACGAAUGGCAAGGAUAUGCGGCAGCGGUGGCAGCAGCCUAUGCUAAAGAACUUGUCUUGGUGGUUCCGAUCGAUCAGAUUGAAACUACUCUAACAGCAAGUGACACGCUAGCAGAUUCUGUCCACCGCUUCAAUGUCCCUCUAGACCUUACCACAGUGCCUGUAAUUACAAAUUUCGUGGGAAGGCAAGACGAGCUAGACAAUCUAUGGCAGUAUUUACAACCGACAGAUACUCCAUCUCAGAAAGUUGCAAUUCUUCACGGGCUUGGCGGAAUGGGAAAGACGCAGCUAGCGAUUCGCUUCGCGCGAGAUCAUAGAGAUCAUUUUACGGCCAUCUUCUGGCUAAGUGGCAAGGAUCGCCAUGCGCUCUUGCAAUCGUUAAGCUUUGCCUUGAACCGAAUACCAGGACAGGGUUGGGAUAGCGAGGCCACUAAUGACGGAGAAGUGGAGCAACGAGCUAGGCAUAUGUUACGUUGGCUAGCAUUGGAUGGCAACUCGCGCUGGCUAAUCAUUUUUGACAACAUCGAUCAAUACUCCCCCUUUAACAGCGCUGUUGGUGAUAGAUAUGAUAUUUGGGAAUUUUUCCCUAAACCAGACCAUGGCUCCAUCCUUAUCACUUCUCGACUUCAGGACCUGACUGAGCUAGGAAAGCCUUUCCCGGUUCACAGGCUUGACUCUUAUAGCUCAAUUCAACUACUCCUACAAAGCAGUGGACUAUCAGCAAGGAACACCACUAGCAAACUUGACAGCAAUCCAGAUGUCCUUACUCUUGCUAAUCGUCUGGAUGGACUGCCUUUAGCUAUUGUUAUCGCCGGGGCGUUCAUGCGUGAAACUGGAACCAGCAUCACUGAGUACUUACAGUACUACCAAGAAUCUUGGUCUGAGCUACAGCUGCAAUCGAAUCCUGGUCGUCAGUACCAGCAAGGCAAUAUACUGCAAACAUGGACGAUCUCAUAUCUUGAGAUCCAGAAGCGUGACCCAAGCGCAGCACACCUUCUAUUGCUACUUGCUCGUUUUGAUAAUCAUGAUAUCUGGUACGAGUUAGUGAAGAGUGGCUGCCAUAGCCCAAACGUCCCGGACUGGCUCAAAAAGGCUAUAUCAAGUGGACUCGCGUUCAAAAUUGGUGUGAAGUCUCUCAUCGGAUUCUCUCUUCUUGAGAGUAAGCAACAAGAAGGAAGCUAUGCGAUACACCCAGUAGUACAAGACUGGUGCCUUCAUGUUGCCAACACAGACAAAAAUGUGAAUUGGUCGCAGCUUAAUGAGCUAGCACUAAUAUCUGUUGGAUACUCUGUGCCCAGUGAAAGUGAUAGGGUCUACUCAGAGCUUCAGCAACGGCUUCUUCCACACGCCAAUCAUGUAUAUCAUCUAGAUUGGUCAGAUGAUAAUAUUGAGAUAUGGUGGGCAUUCCUUCGUUUAGGGGAUCUUUACUUUGACCAGGGCAAGCUGAAGGAGGCAGAGGAGAUGUUCCAGCGAGCUCUGGCAGGAUAUAAGAAGGCCCUAGGUCCUGAUCAUACAUCUACUCUUAAUGCAGUCAACAACCUUGGUGUUCUCUAUAAGGCUCAAGGCAAGCUGAAGGAGGCAGAAGAGAUGUUCCAGCGAGCUCUGGUAGGAUAUGAGAAGGUCCUAGGACCUAAUCAUAUACAUACUCUCGAUAUAGUCAACAACCUUGGGGUUCUCUACUUCAGUCAGGGCAAGCUAAAGGAGGCAGAAGAGAUAUACCAGCGAGCCCUAGCAGGCAAGGAGAAGGCCCUAGGUCCUGAUCAUAUAUCUACUCUCAAUACAGUCAACAACCUUGGGGGUCUCUACUUCAAUCAGGGUAAGCUGAAGGAGGCAGAAGAGAUAUACCAGCGAGCACUGGCAGGCAAGGAGAAGGCCCUAGGUCCUGAUCAUAUAUCUACUCUCGAUACAGUUAACAACCUUGGUGUUCUCUACUGUGAUCAGGGUAAGCUAAAGGAGGCAGAGGAGAUGUACCAGCGAGCACUAGCAGGCAAGGAGAAGGCCCUAGGUCCUGAUCAUACAUCUACUCUCGAUACAGUUAACAACCUUGGUGUUCUCUACUGUGAUCAGGGUAAGCUAAAGGAGGCAGAGGAGAUGUACCAGCGAGCCCUAGCAGGUAAGGAGAAGGCCCUAGGUCCUGAUCAUACAUCUACUCUCAAUACAGUCAACAACCUUAGGGGGUCUCUACAAGGCUCAAGGCAAGCUGAAGGAGGCAGAAGAGAUAUACCAGCGAGCACUGGCAGGCAAGGAGAAGGCCCUGGGUCUAGAUCACGAUAG